CUUUAUCGCCGUAGCUUUGAGAAGUUCACGUUCAAACCGCAGAAUCUAAGUUCUGUGCCUCCAUCACAAUGGCUGAGCAAACAACUACUGCCAAGCCGGCAAAGCCCAAGAAGGCUGCUCCCAAGAAGAAGGCGACCCACCCGUCAGCCGGGGAGAUGAUCCAGACUGCCUUGGCCAACCUGAAGGACCAGCCCCGCUCCGGGUCCUCCCUGCAGGCCAUUAAGAAAUACAUCCACGCCAACUACACCCUGCCGGCGAACUACGACAACCACAUCAAGCGAGGCAUCAAGACCCUGGUGGCGUCCGGGAAACUGGUGCAAACCAAGGGCAAGGGGGCCAGUGGCUCCUUCAAGCUGGACAAUCGAAAGGCCAAGGCCACCGCCUCGCUCAAGGCCAAGAAGGAGAAGGCGCGCCAGAAGGCCAAGGCGAUAAAGGAGAAAAAGAAGGAGAUAAACAAAGUCAAGCGGGAGAAGGCCGCAGCCAAGAAGGCAGCCAAAAAAGCAGCAAAGAAGGCCAAGUCCCCGAAGAAGAAGCAGACAGAGAAGAAGAAGUCUCCCAAGAAGCAAGUCAAGAAGGACAAGAAGCCCGUGGCCAAGAAGGCCACCAAGAAGCCUGCGGCAGCCAGCAAGGCAAAGACGGUGAAAAAGGCCAAGCCCAAAACAACGAAGAAGACAAAGAAGCCAACGAAGAAGACCGCCAAGAAGUAAACAGUUCCGGCCAGCCAGCCACACAACUAAAAAAUAUCCAAACGGCUCUUCUCAGAGCCACCACAUCUUCAAAAAAGCAGAUAUGAUUCUACGUCUGUCAACUACUUUGUCUCAUUAAUUUUUGUCGAUUAAAAAUGUUUGAAUUUACUUAGGGAGUGCUGUGGGUAUUACAUGUGUUACAUGUUCUGUAAGUCACCACAGACUUGAAUGUUAUCAUCUUAAAACUUUACGACGGGCAGACAAUGAAAAGUACAUGUACAAGGCAAACGGCAAUACAUGUACAUUGUACAUGUAUAGCCAAGAGAUGCGCCAAUAACCUUGGAACGCAACAUCCGAUUUUUUGCUGGAGUUUUCAAUAUCAAGAGUUUAAUAAUAUAUGUAUAGGAUUGGCGGCAGUAACGUAGCUAGGGGAAGAGGCAACAGGGCACGUGCCGCCCUUAACAGAAGUCCAUUUAUAUACAUAUAUACAUGUAGCUGUAUUUGAAAUUUUGAAUAUGUACAAGCCACAAUUAGUUUGCUUGCAGUGACCUCCCCCCCCACGAAAAUGUGUCCACCUCCGGGUUUACACGUUCAGUAAUAUCACCCUACGUCGCCGGUUAGCGGGAAAGUGAACCAACAAAAAGCGAGAAAUCUAAUCGAAACUGCAGAGGCCGUUGAAUGUAUAUGUACCUGUAUAUAUCAAAUCCUGAUUCUACGCGCACAGAGCACUGUUGAGAAAAGUGCAAGUUUUGACACCCCCCCCCCAUAUAGUCACGGAAAAAUGUUGCAUCCCGACUCCACUUCAGCAGUUGUGUACAAAGUCUAUGAGGAGUGAAGAGAAUUUUCUAAGUAUUUCCCAACAACAUUGAUAAAUGUUUCUAGGUCCAGGAUUCAUGUCUUUCCAACAUUUCUGUAAUGACUGACUUUAUUGAGAUGAUAUAUGAUGAGAAAAGUGGAGUCAGGAUGCAAUAUUUUUCCCGAUAGGCUUUAGAACGCGGUAUGUUCACGCCACGGCCACACGGCGCCCCCCCCCCAUAAUGUGUGAAAAAUUUCCUUUUUGUAACCGCCAUCUCUGAGGUAUUGCUAUUGUUUCACACUCAUUUUUUUUUGCACGAAUGGAGCGAUAGAGGCGACAGCUAAUUCUUUCGGAUGAAAAGAGACGCUUUGAGUAGGUAGGAUCGGACAGAAAUAAAUAGUGAAGUUUAUUUGCCUCCUUAUUCCUACAUACUACCGAUGAUGUUAACAUCAGCGUUCGACACUGCAGUUUUC